AUGGAAGGAGAACAGAACAAGCCCCAGGAUAACAGGAGCACACACCAGCAUGAGAUCUCCUUUCCUUCCCAUUCCUGGUCCUUGAAGAUAUUGUUACGAAGACCGAAGGCUGUAGAUAUCAAGACGAAUGACAGGUUAGCUAGUAUCCUGGAUGCAGUGGGGGAGUUUGGCACGUUCCAGUGGAGGCUGGUGGCCGUCACCUUCAUUCCCAACAUGCUGUCAGCCUUUUUCAUGCUUGCUGAUAAUUUCAUGUUCACAGACCAGAGGCCUUAUUGCAACACCAGCUGGAUUCUAGCUGUGGGCCCCAACCUCUCCGAGGCUGAGCAACUGAAUCUGACCCUGCCCCAAGCACCCAAUGGCAGUUUCCUGACAUGUCUCAUAUAUGUACCCAUGCCAUGGGAUCUAGAUUCUAUCAUCAAUUUUGGCCUCAGUUAUACAGACUCAUGCAAACAGGGGUGGAUCUAUCCUGAUUCUAAGAAGCAAUCACUGAUCAGUAAGUUUGACCUGGUGUGUGGCAAUGAAUGAAACAAGGAAAACGUGCUGACUGUAUUCAUGGCGGGCAUCCUGACAGGGUCUAUCUUCUUUGGGUUUGUAAGUGACAAGUUGGGCCACUAUCCAGCCAUCCUGAUGUCACUGCUGGGGUUGCUCAUCUUCGGCUUCGGAACAGCCUUCUUGAAAAGCUUCCAGCAGUAUCUGUUCUUCUGCUUCAUUGUCUCCCAGGUGGUGGUGGGCUAUGCCAUCAGCAGCAUGUCUUUAGUCAUGGAGUGGCUGAUGGGUGAGCACUAGGCCCACGCUGUCAUUCUGGAGCACUGCUUCAUUGCUUUGGGGAUCAUCAUCCUGUCCAGGUCUGCCUACAGAAUUUUCCACUGGAGGCUGCUGUCUGGUGGGAUACCUAUGUUUCCCCUCAUCUCCAGUAUCUGGGUUCUCCGAGAGUCCCCACUGUGGCUGAUGGUGAAAGGGAAGGUGGAAGAGGCCAAGAAGGUGUUAUGCUAUCCAGCUGAGGUGAACAAGAAGACUAUUCCUUUACAUCUACUGAAUGAGCUGCAGCUGCAGGGAAAGAAGGUGCCUAAGACCUCCAUCCUGGACUUCUACAGCAAUUGGCACUUCUUCAAGGUGGUCUUGGCCAUGGCCUGUAUAUGGUUUACUAUCAGUUACUCCUAUUUUACAUUGAUCCUCAAGAUGAAAGAUUUGGGGGUGAACAUGUACUUCAGACAGGUGAUCCCUGGCAUCAGGGUGACAGCCAGAAUGUGCUGCCUCUUUCUCCUGGAGCAGAUUGGGAGGAAGUGGAGCCUGUAUCUGACUAUAAUCCAAGCCACCAUCAUGUGCUUGUUUCUCCUUUUCCUCCCCCAAGGUACUGAUGGCUUAAGACUCAGCUCAUGCUGUCUUCACUCAGAGCUGAAAUCGACCAUAGUGUUGAUGCUUGUGCUCAGGGAGUUCAGCCUGGCUGCCACUGUCACUGUGUUCUUCAUCUACACUGCUGAGCUCCUCCCCACUGUCCUCAGGUCUACAGGUCUGGGAAUGGUGUCUCUGGCCUGGGAAGCUGGAGCCAUCUCAUCCCUGACCAUCUUCAACCAGAUCAGAAACCAGCUGCCCAUCUUUCUCUGCUGUGUCUUUAUCUUGGCCUUAUGCUUCUCUUCCCUGGUGCCAGAAAUGCAAAACCAGCCCCUCCGUGACACCAUAGACUACUCCUCAAGGUAG